AUGGCCUUUCGCUUCCUCGACCUCAACCCAGAAUUGCGCAAUGUGGUUUACCACUUCGCAUCAAUCACCGACGCACACGUUCCUAUCCGACACGACGCCUCUCUUCAGUCUGGCAACUACCUAGAAUAUCGCCCGGUCCAACGUCGCAAGGCUGAGGUUCGGCUGGACUUUGCAAAUGUUGGCUGUUAUGCUCGGGCAUUCCUGACACCAGCCGAAGACGCCAUGUACCUCCCUCACAAAAUACGCGUCGAAGGAAAAUUCGCGGAUUUCUCAGUUUUCGGCUCUCACUUCAGCAUCUUCUCGGUCCUCAAGCUCAAAGCUACCCACCCUGGCCUGGACUGCGAGAUUGUGCCUGGCUAUAACCUUGCACAGCAUGGCAUGUCCUUCCGGAAUUUGAACCAAAUUCGUGGUCUCAACGCACUUGCUUGCCAUGCGAACGGAAAGUGGCGCGAGGAUAUUAGGAACGGGAUUAUUGGAGAUGUCCGGAUCAGAUCAAGCACAUCAUUCGUUGAGACUACAUGUAUUCGUAUCAUCUUCACGGGUGUUCACGCCCCCAAAAACUACGAUGAAGCGAUCAGCGCGCCUGAUGCAUGGAGCAGCGCUCGCGGUCUUGACGUCGCGUUAUCACACGGUCAUCAUGUUGCGUUGUACUUUUCACCUAUGUUCGCUUGA